UAUUGAUUAUUUCCUUGGCACUGUUCGAUGCUUACGCCAUUAAUAAGCAUGUAUCGGCGAUGGCCGCCAAGUGCAUGGUGAUAUAAUAUAGGUUCUAUUUAUAUUGGUUGCGAAUGCCAGAUAUUUAGUCUGUUGGUAUGCAUGUUUAUUGUCUUCAGCACAUAUUUGGAUAUGUGGUGUAGUGGCAUCAAUGGUUGACGUUCCUGUUGUGUUCCAAUAUCGACCAGAAGACGAAUUUGUUUUGUCCCUGGAAAAGAAUGAUGAGUCGACGGCUGCCCUCCCAGGACAGCUUUGACGAUGACCUUGGCGGUGGGUCAAACACCGCAGUAGAGAGCCGGAGAGCUUUAGCAUCGCCAGCCCUUCCCACCACUGAGAGCAUGGUGCAGAAACUGUCACAGACUCUUUCCAAACUUCGAGUGAGUGAAGAGUACCUCUCUCAGGCCGCCUAUGCCGACAUUAAAUACCUCUGGAACUUGUCCCGAUACACACCCGACAGAGACAUGAGGUCAAGGGUCAUUGGAGGAUUUGGCAAAGAAAAGUUUGUAGAUCUGUUCCAGCAAAUGUGGAUAGCUGCUCAGAAAGAGGACAUCUUUAAUUCCGAGGUGUUGUACCCAUGGAAGAACUUGCGGAAUUCUUUGUCAAUUGUGUGGAAUUGCUGUGACAGCUCGAUGGCGGUGUGUGAGCAGAUGACCACAUCUGGCCUACUGCCUAAGAUUCUAGAGUCUUUGAAGGAGGUCUCUGAUACAAAGGACUACUUAGAAAAUGACAGAAAACUAUAUUAUAUCAAAGCAUUGUUUGGAAUUUUACACAACUGUGUUAGAAAUUAUUCAGAUUGUCAUUCCGUUCUUAUCAACUCAAAUGGAAUAGAGAGUCUCCAUAAUUUUACAACCUGUUCCCAUCCGAUGGUAAAGGCAAAAUCUCUUAUAAUCAUAUCCUAUUUAGUCGAUGAGGAACAAAAUGAAGUGAUAAGUGCAAGUUCGGAUACGCUGAAAUUCAUAGUGAAUAUUUUAAAAGAGAGCUUGACGUCGGUGGAUCACUUCGCUGCCAAAUAUGGUAUGAAUGCUGUGGAGGUUGUGAAAGGGCUGAACAAUAUCGCUCACAAUGACACUAACAAGGUGAAGCUCGUUGACUGUGGUGUUGUACCUUGUCUCCGAUCCCUGCUGCUUUCUGAGUCCGAUAUGGAGAAAACAUUGGCAGCAACAGGAAUAUGGGCUCUCUCAUUUGCCAAAGAAAAUAAAACAAUUUUGAAAGAGGAUCAAGAAUGCAUUAAAGCUCUACAGAAUCUUGCAAGAUGUGAGGAGAAGUCCGUCAGCCAUGCAGCAAGAGGUGCAUUAUGGGAAAUAUUUCAUGACCAGCAGAUGUCACUGGACCCAGACCUUGAGGCCAACACCCCACAUGUGAUGAUUAGUUACCAAUGGGAUGCUCAGGAUGUCAUGAUCAAGGUCAAGGACAGACUGAGGCAAGCUGGCUUCAAAGUCUGGAUGGAUGUGGAAAAUAUGAGUGGGUCGACCCUGGAGGCGAUGGCGCUGGCAGUGGAGAAGGCGGCAGUGGUCCUCAUCUGUAUGUCCGACAAGUACAAGCAGAGUCCCAGCUGCAGGACUGAAUCUGAGUACAUCUUCCGUCUGCGAAAGGAUAUAAUACCGCUCCGUCUACAGUCAAAGUUCGUGCCAGAUGGCUGGCUGGGGAUGCUUGUGGGGUCAAGGUUGUAUUUUGACUUCAGCCAAGGAGACAUGGUUGACAAACAGAUGAUAAAACUCUACCGUGAGUUGGGCAGCAGAGGCAAGAUCAGAUCCACCAGCAUUCAUGACUUAGCAGAUGGUAUGUUCAUGUCAUCCAGUGGCUCAAGUCUGCUGACCGACUCUCUUAGCCAAUCAAUAAGUUGCUGGACAAGGAAGGAAGUUGCUGAUUGGCUGUCAGCCACGGGAUUUGAUCAUGUGAAAGAAAGGUUCUCCGAUUUUGAUGGAGGCUUACUUUUUGAGUUGAAGAAACUUCAGAAAAAUGCACCAGAGUUCUUCUACACAAACCUCAAGUCAGAAAUAGGACUAAAAUUCUGUGAUGUUCUGCGAUUCUCAAGAGCUUUAUCGAUGCUGUGAUAUGUUAAAUCUGCUACUGUAUGUACACUACAUGUCAAACAGGUAACAGCUUUGCCAAAAGGUCACUAAAAUAAGUGUUUGAUGUGGAAAUUAGAUUUUCAAUGCAAUAUUAUCAAAAUGAACAUAGUAUGCAAUCAUGCAGGGAAAAAAUGUUGUGUUUGUCUCAUUGUUUGUUUGUUGUUUAACGCCUCACUCUGCAGUAUUCCAGCUAUAUGAAGGCAGUCUGUAAAUAAUCAAGUUUGGACCAGACAAUCCUGUGAUCGAUAUCGUGAGUAUUGAUCCAUGCCAUUAGGGUAUGAUGCGCAAUAAAACCAAGUCACCAAGUCUAACGACCUGAUCCAUUUGGUUGCCUCUUGCGACCAGCGAAGGUUGCUGGGGAGCAAUUCCAGCCCUGAACCCACACGGGGGUAAAGAAUGUUGUGUGUCAGUAUCAGCAUCAGGAUUUUACGAGCUGAAUGAAAAAUGCCAGUGACACAUGUCAUCAUUACAAGAAACAAAGACACAUCUGUGGGAGGCAAUUACAUCUGUCUUGUGACCAGCAUCACACUUUUGAGCAUGGUAUUAUAACUCAAAGCUUGAACAUGAUCACUUGUGGUGUCAUAACAAACACAUCUUCCUGAGGCAAGAGCGUCCACUAGCCUUUUUAUCAAAGUCUUGUUUCCACCCUUGCCACAUCAAACCCACUUUCCUGUGUGAAAUGUGAUUGGACUAUCGCACAUAUCAAUAGUCCAAUCAGAGAACAUUUAAAAAAAAUCAACACCCACAAUCGGUGUGAUUUACCACUGACUGUCUUUGUUGACACGAAUGUGUUUUUUCAUCCUUUAAACCCCAAACGAUUGCCUAUGUUUUCGAAAACUUUUCGUGUCAGGGAUGAAAUUGUGAAUAUUUUCAUUAUCUGAUCAACUAGGUCGUCGCCUGUGGUAGUCGCCAUCUUUGUGAAGCUAUACGAGAUAAGAACAGCGAUCUGAUUGGAAAUAACGUUUUCAUUACAAGGGGCACAACUUGUGAUGUAUGAGAGGUGGCGCCAGGGUCGAGCCAAGAAAAGUGACUGUGAUGUGGCAAGGCUAGAAACUAGUCUUUGAUACAGGCUAGGGAAGAUGUAGCAAACAUGGCAUCAUGACAUGUACACAGGCCACUGGCCAAUCAGAUUCUUUAACAAGUGAUGAU